GUUCCUGGAAUACAGCCCUGCAAAACUCUGGCGUCAGUGCAGCCCCUCAUGGCAGGGUCAGUGUCCAUUGGCUUGACUUUUGAAGAGGGGCUGAGGCUGGCUUGGAUUUCCAUCCCAAACCGCACCGCAUAAAACGCCUCUCGGGUUCUGGCAAAGCCCAAUCUGCUUGCAGCUGUGCUAAAACCCAACAUUUCCCCAUUAACAUCAAUGAGCAGCUCUUCCUCGGCAAAGGUGGGCUGAGGUGGGGGAGAGUCCAGCCGGCCUUUCCCCCAUUUCUAUGCGCCUCCCUACACAACCCCCAGCCCGCCACCAGGCAGGAAAAUGGAAAAGACCACCAGAUUCCUUCCAACUGAGGGCAAAACCUAUCCACAAACGGGCAACUGGAGAACUUCCUGCGCCGCUACUGAGCACGCGUGAGACGAAUUGCGCAUGCUCACUGGGCGCUUGGCCAGUCCCCCUCGUGCCUCCGCGGCCCUGAAGUUCGCAGUUUCAGUAGCAGCGGGGAAGAUUCUAGGGGGUGGACGCAAGAUGGCGGCGCCCUGCAGUUUCUGCUUCUGCAUUUGACAAAGCAAAGAAGGGACCACCAUGCCGACUGUGGUGGUGAUGGACGUGUCCCUCUCCAUGACCCGACCAGUCUCCAUUGAGGGCUCUGAGGAGUAUCAGCGGAAACAUCUCGCCGCUCAUGGCCUCACCAUGCUCUUUGAACACAUGGCCACCAACUACAAAUUGGAAUUUACUGCCUUGGUUGUGUUUUCAUCCCUCUGGGAACUGAUGGUUCCCUUCACAAGAGACUACAACACUCUCCAGGAAGCCCUAAGUAAUAUGGAUGAUUAUGACAAAACGUGUUUGGAGUCGGCCCUGCUUGGAGUCUGUAACAUUGUGCAGCAGGAAUGGGGGGCUGCUAUUCCCUGCCAGGUUGUCCUUGUGACAGACGGCAGCUUAGGCAUUGGCAGAGGCUCUCUCCGCCACUCUUUAGCCACUCUUGGCCAGCGAAGCGAAAGCAACCGGUUCCCGCUGCCUUUCCCUUUCCCAUCCAAGCUGUACAUCAUGUGCAUGGCCAAUCUGGAGGAGCUUCAGAGUUCCGAUUCUUUAGAUUGUCUCGAACGGCUUAUAGACUUAAACAAUGGGGAAGGGCAGAUAUUUACUAUCGACGGACCCCUUUGCUUGAAGAACGUACAGUCCAUGUUCGGAAAGCUCAUAGAUGUUGCAUAUACACCUUUCCAUGCUGUUCUGAAAUGCGGGCACUUGUCUUCGGAUGUGCAAGCCUUCCCAAGGCCGGAGCCGUUUAUUAUAGAUGAGGAAAUAGAUCCAAUCCCCAAGACAAUCAAUACAAAUUUGGAAAUUGUUGGUUUCAUAGACAUAGUGGAUAUUUCCAGCCCCCCCGUCCUCUCGAGGCAUUUGGUAUUGCCCAUUGCGCUCAACAAAGGAGACGAGAUGGGUCCAGGGAUUGCAGAUGAUGUCGAAGAUGAGAAUUCGGCUAACCAGAUUGCGGGCAAGAUCCCCAACUUCUGUGUGUUGUUGCACGGGAGCCUGAAAGUGGAAGGCAUGGUAGCCAUCGUUCAGCUGGGGCCCGAAUGGUACGGGAUGCUGUACUCUCAAGCCGAUAGCAAGAAGAAGUCUAACCUGAUGAUGUCUCUCUUUGAGCCGGGCCCAGAGCCUCUUCCUUGGCUGGGGAAGAUGGCCCAGCUGGGGCCCAUCUCAGAUGCUAAAGAGAAUCCUUAUGGCGAAGACGACAAUAAGAGUCCCUUUCCCUUGCAACCCAAAAACAAGCGUAGUUACGCCCAGAAUGUCACGGUGUGGAUUAAACCCAACGGCCUCCAGACAGAUGUGCAGAAGAUCCUCAGGAAUGCAAGGAAACUCCCUGAAAAGACGCAGACCUUCUACAAGGAGCUGAACCGCUUACGGAAGGCAGCCUUAGCAUUUGGGUUUCUGGACCUGCUAAAAGGUGUGGCAGAUAUCCUUGAAAGGGAAUGCACUCUCCUCCCAGACACUGCCCACCCCGAUGCAGCUUUCCAACUGACCCAUGCGGCUCAGCAACUCAAAAUGGCCAGCACCGGCACUUCGGAGUAUGCCACGUACGACCACAACAUCACACCGCUACAGACAGACUUCUCCAGCAGUGGGACUGAACGGAUAUGACAACCCUGCAAUGCCCAAACUGUCCUCUGGGGGGUGGGUUGAUGUUUCCAGUUUCAUCAAUACUGAUGUUCUUUUACUGUUUUCCAUAGCUGGUCAGUGACUGGACUUCUAUUAUUACAUGUUUUUUUAAAACUAA